AUGAAAGAUAAGAAGAUGAAGAUUGAGAUUGGGGUUGAGAUUGAGAUUGAGAUUGAGAUUGAGAUUGAGAUUGAGAUUGAGAUUGAGAUUGAGAUUGAGAUUGAGAAAAAGAGGAAGUAUAAUAGGCCAGAUCUUUUUGCACUUAAAACAGAAGUUAGAGAUGGAGUCUUUAGGGAAAUGUUAUUGGAAGUAACAUUGUUGAGGGCCGAGUUAGAGAAGGAUAAGGAAGGAGUAGAAGUGGAAGAGGAAGAAGAGGAAGAAGAGGGAGUUAUGUUUGAAGAAGUGAACAAAGAGAAUUCGUCUUCUGGGAUGGUGUUGUAG